AUGAUGAAUUUCCUUGCAUUGAUCCCUUCAUUUGGGAUAAUAGCCAUAGCCCAUUUGUUACACCAUGGAUUUACAGAAGCCACUCCAACAUUUAUGUACAUGCCAAAACCCAAAGGAACUGUUAAAACCAUCAAGACUUUAAACGAAGAUAUUAUCGAUUGUGUUAAUAUUUACAAACAAAUCAGUUUCGACAAUCCAUUGAUUAAGAGCUCGCAGCUCGAUCUUAACUUGGAGCAGAUGAAAAGGGAUAACUAUAUCCCCAAGAUUGUCCAGGACUGGCAUAUAUAUGGAGAAUGCCCAUUUCAAACAGUCCCUAUUCUAAGAUCCCGUAGACGUCAAACUUCCUCGUUUCAUUCACUUCCAGCCAUCAAGAAUGUUGCAAUUAAGAAGCAUGAGUAUGCAAUGGUAUCGAAUAAAAAAGGAAACUACUAUGGAGGUUCUGCAAGAUUCAGUGUAUCGAACCCUCGAACAGAGGAAGGUGAUUUCAGUUUAGUGCAACUUUGGCUCGUAACUGAUCUUGGCAAACCGAAAUCAAACUCUAUUGAAGCCGGUUUGAUAUACGAUAACCUAGUUUAUGCGGCAAUGCAGAAUAAUGGCUAUAACGGUACAGGAUGUUAUAAUCUCAUAUGCCCUGGCUUCGUGCAAACAAGCCAAACAUUUGCCAUCGGCGCGCCCCUACCGAUAAAUUCCAAAUUGGACAAUACAAUAUUGACCGAGAUACAAAUUUCUGUCUAUAAGGCAAAUCAAACAGGUGACUGGUGGCUCAAAGUGCAAAAUGAAACGAUAGGAUAUUGGCCACAUGAUAUUUUCAGCAAUUUAGGUGCAAACGUCAAUCAAAUUUUAUGGGGCGGAGAUGUCUACUCAAAACCAAAACCUUCACGUCGUGGGUUCCACACGACUACUCAGAUGGGCAUUGGGGCAUUUCCUAGACAUUACAAAAUAGCUAGUCAUGUCCGCAAUCUUCAAGUCAUGAAGGAGCCAAACAAAUGGAAGACUCCUUAUCAUUGGUCUCUUAAAGAAAUUGAUCUUAGAAGGAAGGGGAAAGCUCUUACCGGGUUCGUUCACGAGAAAACAGAGAAGAGAGCUGAGAGGACUAUCAAAUCCAAAAAUCUUCUUCCGAGCAACAUCCAUUCUGACAAGAUUCCCAAAGAGAAAGCUUGUUCAGUUCAUGGGAACACCCCUAGUGAUAGCAACCAUUUUCUGAAAGACUUUCGUACAAUACUUACUUUCAUCAUCGAAAUCAUUAGGUUAGGAGGAGUGGUCGAGAAAUCAUCAAUACCUUCUUUUGGAAGACGGAAGAACGCACCAAAAGAUUCUUCUGAAAUACAGACCAUCAGGCCCAUUACAGCUCCAGCAAUAACACUGUCUUGA